UUCUCCCUCUAUAUAUUCAUUUGUAUUAUUUUUCCUUCCCUUCUCAUUUUUUUCAUCUCUCUUCAAACUUCAACACAAAAAAACAUACACCUAGCUACUUACUAUAUCAAAUCAAAUAUUUAUUCAUAAUCAAAAAUCAUAAUCUCUCUUGCUAGAUAUAUAGUUUUUCAUUUGCUUCAUUAAUUAAUCAAUAGAUUGAUUGAUUGAUUAAUUGAUGAUGGAGAUUCAAUUAGAGAAUCAUCAAGAAUCAUGGUCGGAAACAGAGAGUACGGGAAGCAGAAGCACGAGAGUGGGCUUCAGUGGAUCUCUAAGCGGGCCUUUAAGUGGGCCGUUAGUUUCGAACAAAAAGAGUAGUAAGAAAAGCGCGAGAUUCAAAGAUGAAGAGGAGGAUUUCGUGGAGAUAACAUUGGAUGUUCGAGACGACACCGUUUCGGUCCAAAAUAUUCGAGGUGGAGACUCUGAAACGGCGUUACUCGCAAGUCGUUUGGAGAAAAGGCCGUCGACGCUUUCCGUGAAACUUAAACAGGUUUCGCAGGAACUGAAGAGAAUGACUUCUUCGAAGAAGUUUGAUAGGGUGGAUAGAGCGAAAUCUGGUGCUGCUCGUGCACUGAAAGGACUCAAGUUUAUGAGCAAAACCGUUGGAACUGCUGAGCAAGGUUGGUUUCAAGUGGAGAAGCGAUUCGAUGAGUUAGCUGUUGAUGGAAAACUGCCUAAAACGCGCUUUAGCCAGUGCAUAGGAAUGAACGAGUCAAAGGAUUUUGCUGGCGAGUUAUUUGAUGCAAUGUCUCGUCGCCGGGGCAUAACAUCAGCUUCCAUAACCAAAGAUGAACUGCUUCAAUUUUGGGAACAAAUUACGGAUCAGAGCUUUGAUUCAAGACUGCAGACCUUCUUUGAUAUGGUGGACAAGAAUGCUGACGGAAGAAUUUCCGAAGAUGAAGUUAGAGAGAUUAUUACCUUAAGUGCUUCUGCUAACAAGCUGUCAAAAUUGCAAGAACGCGCAGAAGAAUACGCUGCUCUUAUCAUGGAGGAGUUGGAUCCAGACAACCUUGGAUUUAUUGAGUUACACAACUUGGAAAUGCUUCUAUUGCAAGCUCCAGCACAAUCAGCCCACAUGCACACAGAUAGCCGAGUUAUGAGUCAAAUGUUGAGCCAGAGACUAGUCCCUACCAAAGAGCACAACCCUUUCAAACGUGGCUAUCGAUCAUUGACCUACUUCAUUGAGGACAAUUGGAAACGACUUUGGGUUGUAGCCCUUUGGCUUUCCAUUUGUGCUGCCCUAUUCACAUGGAAAUUCAUUCAGUACAAGAAUCGUGCCGUGUUUCAUGUCAUGGGAUAUUGUGUCACAACAGCAAAAGGUGCUGCUGAGACCCUCAAGUUCAACAUGGCUUUAAUUUUGUUACCUGUUUGUAGAAACACUAUCACUUGGUUGCGGACCAGGACCAAAUUAGGAGGAGCUGUUCCCUUUGAUGAUAACAUCAACUUUCACAAGGUGAUAGCUUUUGGAAUUGCAAUUGGUGUAGCAUUGCAUGCUAUUUCGCAUUUAACAUGUGAUUUCCCAAGACUAUUACAUGCAACGGAUGCAGAAUAUGUGCCCAUGAAGCCAUUUUUUGGGGAUGAGAGGCCCAACAACUAUUGGUGGUUUGUAAAAGGUACUGAAGGUUGGACUGGGAUAGUCAUAAUAGUGCUUAUGGCUAUAGCUUUUACUUUGGCCCAACCUUGGUUCAGACGAAACAGGCUAAAGCUCCCUAAACCUUUGAAGAAACUCACUGGCUUCAAUGCCUUUUGGUACUCUCAUCAUCUAUUUGUCAUUGUAUAUGCACUUCUUAUUGUUCAUGGAUACUACUUAUACCUCUCCAAGAAAUGGUACAAGAAAACGACUUGGAUGUAUCUUGCCGUUCCUAUGAUAAUAUACGCAUGCGAGCGACUUCUUCGUGCUUUUAGGUCUGGCAACAAAAGUGUCAAGAUUUUAAAGGUCGCAGUGUACCCUGGAAACGUGUUGGCCUUGCAUAUGUCCAAACCACAAGGAUUUAAGUACCAUAGUGGACAAUAUAUUUUUGUUAAUUGUGCAGAUGUCUCUCCAUUUCAAUGGCAUCCUUUCUCUAUUACAUCAGCCCCUGGAGAUGAUUAUGUGAGCGUUCACAUUAGGACUUCAGGUGACUGGACAUCACAACUCAAGGCUGUUUUCGCCAAGGCAUGUCAACCAGCAAGUGGUGACCAAAGUGGUCUUCUACGAGCUGAUAUGUUACAAGGCAACAACAUACCAAGGAUGCCAAAGCUAUUGAUUGAUGGUCCUUAUGGAGCUCCAGCACAAGACUAUAAAGACUACGAAGUAAUCCUUUUGGUGGGUUUAGGAAUUGGUGCAACCCCUUUAAUUAGCAUACUGAAGGAUGUGCUAAACAACAUGAAACAACAAAAAGACAUAGAACAAGGAGUGGUAGAAAGUGGUGUUAAAAACAACAAAAGAAAACCUUUUGCCACAAACAGAGCUUAUUUCUAUUGGGUCACUCGUGAGCAAGGUUCAUUUGAAUGGUUUAAAGGUGUGAUGGAUGAAGUUGCAGAGUAUGACAAAGAUCGAAUAAUCGAGCUUCAUAAUUACUGCACAAGUGUGUAUGAAGAAGGAGAUGCUAGAUCAGCUUUGAUCACAAUGCUUCAGUCUCUUCAUCAUGCCAAAAGUGGCGUGGAUAUUGUUUCAGGGACAAGGGUUAAAACACAUUUUGCAAAACCAAAUUGGCGUACUGUCUUUAAACAAACAGCUUUGAAACACCCUGGCAAAACUGUUGGUGUAUUUUACUGUGGGAUACCUGGAUUGGUUGGAGAACUUAAAAGACUUUCUCUGGAUUUUUCAAGGAAAACCAACACUAAAUUUGAGUUUCACAAAGAGAACUUUUAGAUUCUUUUUGUCAAAGUUCCUUAUUUAUUUUUCCCCAACUAUAUAGCGAAGGAACAUUAUUUGUAUGUACUUACUUUGCUACUUUUUUGUUAUAGUCUUGUAGAGGUAGAUAUAAGCAGCUAGAAUUCGAUUAAUGAAGUUGUAUACGUGUAUAAAUUAGUACUACGUUGCGUUCACUUUGAUGUAAAGUGAAAGUCAUGUUUUUAGCAAACAUAGAAUCAAAGAAAUCAUCAAAUUAUGAUGAUUAUUGUAACACAUAAUAAUAAAUUCUUUGAUUUAUUCUAAUCAACACAAUUUUACCUUAAAAA